AUGCAGAUUAUUCACAUGGACGGAAUAUAUAAUGAUAUACCAUGUAUUAACAGCACAGUUAAUGAUUUUGUUUGGCAAAAUUUGGACCGUUGGCCUGAUAAGACCGCAGUGGUAUGUGCGGCGACAGGUCACGGAUAUACCUAUGCGCAAACUCACAGGAUGUCUAUCUCCUUCGCUGCGUCGUUGCGUACGAAAUUGAAGCUUAAGAAUGACGAUAUAGUGGCCAUUAUCCUGCCAAACGUUCCCGAAUACCCAUGCACUGUACUGGGAGUGUUGGAAGCCGGCUGUAUUGCUAGCAUGAUGAACCCUGCUUAUACCGCACAUGAGUUUAAGAAACAGUUAGAGUUAAUCGAUUGCAAAGCGAUUAUAACUUCGAAAUUGUCCUACCCAAACGUAGCUGAAGCAAUUAAAUCCCUAAAAACAAAACCAGCAGUUAUCUUAAUAGAUAAUGAUGGAAUACCGGAAGGCACCAUAAAGUUUGCGGAAUUCGCCGAGGAUAUGUCGGUAGACACAGACUGCUUGAAGUCAGUACAAAGGAGUAAGAAGGACGUUGCCAUAUUGCCUUUCUCGAGUGGUACUACUGGCUUCGCUAAAGGUGUAGUCCUGACACAUGAAAGCGUGGUCGCUAUAAAUCAAAUGAUUUACGAUCCGGACGUUCUAGCGGUUGAAGAAGCGACUGCAAAAUAUCAGUCGUCGAUACCAGCCGUAUUGCCUUUCUUCCACAUCUUCGGCUUUAACGCAGUCAUGAUGAGUCUUUUGGGCAGAGGCAGCAAGUUGAUUACCUUCGCUAACUUCAACCCGGAGCUGUUCCUAAAAACCAUCGUCCAGCAUAGAGUCGAGCAUUUAUAUAUCGUGCCGCCAAUGGUGUUGUUCCUCGGUAAAAACCCAGCCGUGACUCCGGAGCAUCUUCAAUCUCUAAAGGGAAUUAUAUGCGGCGCUGCACCCUUAGCCCAGUCCGACGCUUUAGCUGUACUGAAUAAAAAUAAAAAUAUCAUUUUCCGUCAAGGUUAUGGGCUAACAGAAACAAACGGAGGCGUUACGGUCGGCAAGAAAACUGACACCAAUCACUCUGCCGUCGGUCACGUUUUCGGGAGCUGUGAAAUAAAAAUUGCCGAUCUGCAAACUCAAGAAGCCUUGGGACCAGGAAAGGAGGGCGAAAUCUGGGUACGUGGCCCGAUUUUGAUGAAAGGUUACUUCAAGAACGAUAAAGCCACCAAAGAAGUCGUUACUGAAGACGGCUGGUACAAAACUGGUGAUAUUGGAAAAUAUGACGAGAAACAAUACCUAUACGUCACUGAUAGAUUGAAGGAAUUGAUUAAGGUUUGUGGCUUCCAAGUACCACCAGCUGAAAUAGAGACAAUUCUAAGGACCCAUCCGAAAAUAAUGGACUGCGCUGUAGUGGGUAUACCAGACCCAAUCACCGGGGAGGCACCAAAAGCCUUUGUUGUUCCUCAGAAGGGUGCAACUUUGCAGCCCGGGGAAGUGUCACAGUAUGUUAACGAUAAAGUUGCUGCGUUCAAGAAUAUUAAGGAGGUUCAAUUCGUAGAGGAGAUACCGAAAAAUCCAGCCGGUAAGAUUAUGAGAAGAACCCUCAAAGAGAAGUAUUGCUAA